CGAGCGCACCCUCCAAAAACAGGGGAACUCCGUGCCACGUGACAAUGUUUACUUUACUGUGGACAAUCCAGCAGCUACUAACUGCACGGAAAUGUUCUCUGACUCAUUGACCGACAUCUGAAUAAAGCGUCAGGUACAGCUGAACGAAAGAGAUGAGCAUCUCUCGGCAGACAGCCACACAUCUAGUGAGCUCUUAUGAUCACAGCUUGGAGCAACAAAUUGUGAGAGGAGGCUCCAGCCUGGCAUGUAGAGAUGAGGAACUGUGGAAGCAGGUGGAGGAACUGCUGAUGGAUGGAGACGCUCAGGAGAUGCACUGCCUGGGUCUGGAUCCACUGAGGGUGAUGGAGGAGUCGCUCAAGGCCCAAGUGGGAUUGACAAAAGCCACUACAGCAGUCAGCGGUGGACGAGUCAAAGCCAAAGGAGGGCUGCAAGGCCUGGGUAAAGCCUUUGAGGUCCUAGAACAAGCGGCCCUGAACCUGUACCUUGGCCCCUGGAGGGAGGAAUACAAAAUAGUCAAGAUGUACUCCGGCAUGUUCACACACCACAUCAAACCGGUGCUGUCCAUGGCACACAUUGAGGAAAUGUUCGGCCUGCUGGGAUACCAUCCCUGCUCGACGCGGCGUGAGCAGCUUCGCCUCCUGUCCCCCAGAGUCAGCCCUGCCUCUUUGGAUGACUUCCUACGCUUGUCUUGCGCCUUCUUCCUGGCCCGCUGCGAGUGUCACCUCCUCCUGACGGCCCUGGGCAAGCACGGUGGGGAGGCCCAGUGGGAGCUGAGUGUGGUCAGGGAAAGACAGAGAGGACACAGCCUACAGGUCGCUCUGGACAACACUAAGAAGACACUGGAGGUCAAGCAACCUCACAGGGAGCCGUUUGAUGGUGAAGUGGACGUGGAUCUGUACACUGAUGAGCAUAUCAACGGGGGGAAGAAGGAGGUGGUUGUCAAUGACGACGGGAGUCCCCGUUCUUUAGCGUGGGUGACUCCAUGUGGUGCAUCACCCCCUGCUGUCAAAACGCACAGCAACGGAGUGACGUCCAGCUCUGCGUCCACCAGAGAGAACAUCUGCAUCUCUCACCUGUCCCUCAACUGCCAGCUGACCAAGACGUCUCCUCUGGAAUUGGACACUACUAGAAGCUCCUCGGCCAGCACGAGGCAGGGCAGACGCCCCAAUGAGGAGAUGAGGUCGGACAAGGCGGACUUGCAGCCUUGCAGUCUGCAGGUAGAAGCGAUGGGGGUGUGUAACAAUGAGGCUGAAACCAACCACUUCUGCGAAUGUCUUCAAUCUCACGAUCUACAGGUCAGACAUUGUAUCGAAUGCAACACCUUCCACAAUGUCACCUGUGCCUGGUAUCAGUCUUGCUGCGAAGACGGCCACAAUCUGCUUCUCCCCGAGCAGAUGCAAGAGCUGGCAGGAGUGUCACCUCAAGGCGCGAGCCUAAGAGCAAGACCUUUGAGCGCAUCGCCGCCUCUGAGCAACAGCAGCACAGCAAUGUCCUCCUUAGCUCUGUGUGACGACCCGAAAUCGAUGAGCCCAACUCGCCACCCGAUCAGCUACCACGAGUGCUGCAACCUCAACCGCCUCAACCCCCAGCUCCUGUGUUUCACCUGCAGAGUCUUCCACUCCGAGCCCUGUAGAGAUAUCGACACCUGUCAAACUAAACACUCAAUCAAAGAACUGGGCCUGUGCUCCUGUGGGAGGGCUUGUUCAAGAAAGCCUCUUGUUCUGUGCAGAUAUUGUGGAAAUGAGUAUUGUAGUCCAUGUUGGUACAGAACUCCUGUUGUUUGCACCUGUGGCCAAACAUUUGACCAGUCAUCCUCUGUGUGAUUUUGUGUUUUAAAAAGAAUUGCACUAAUGAGGCACAGUUAUAAAAAUCACAGUGCCUUAAAUCUGCAUAUUGUGGAAAUUGAAUUUCUUUUUGACUUAAAGUACAAUGAAUCAGAAGCUCAAAUGUUGCCUUGAUACAGUAUGGAAAUGCAGUGUUAUAGUGAGCACCACUUUUCUUUAAUCGGGUCGUCUUUCCGAGACCCUCAGUUACCCUCGUUCGCUUGUUCUGUACGUGACCAUAUUUACCAUGAUCACAAUUGUAAAAGCAUUGUUUAUUGUGGACAUGAGAAGUUGUGAUUACAGUUCAUGUAACUCAAUGCCAAACACAAAGGAAUCUGAUUUAAGCUGUAUUUGUUGCCUGCACAGAGACCGGAGUAAAAAGUUCAAUGUGCCAUUUUGCUGUGUUAAAUGUGUGGUUUUUUUUAAAUACAUGAUUUAGUCUGGAGACAAUGGAAUUUCAGAGACAGUAUGUACAAGUUAUAAUGUACCUGGAAAAUGUAGAAAUAUGAUGUAUAUGAUCUCAAAUUUGACCUUUUCAUAAAACGGAACGUGUG